CAACAGCGAGACACAGAAAGAGUCGAUGAACACAGAGGCAUUAAAUUGCAUCAUUGAAUGCUCCCAACGACCCCGAAAGUAAUAACUUUGAAAUCCCAGCACUCGCAGAGCAGCUAGCGCUACCUCGGUCUCCGGGGUAAGUCUUCCUAUUUACUUCUCCUCAUUUCAUUUUCUUUCCCGCUAUGGUAAAACAAUUCCAUGUCUCAACCAGACAUCCAGACCAGUUAGUCAAGUCUCUGUCUCUGUCUUUCUCUCUCCGUCGGUGUACGUUUCCCAUUUCAAAUUACACCCAUAUGAUCUAUUUCAGAUGCUUUUCUUUAUAGUCAGUGUAGAUGAAUGUGUAAUAGAUUUAUUUACUAGAAGAAGAAUGUGAGUGGUUUGGGGUAUUUUUUGUAAGUAAAAGAAUAAUGGGUGGUUUUAGUGCUGUUGAAGAAACAGCAGGUGCGAAGAGAAAGAAUGGAGAUACUUUGGGAAACUCGCAUGUUCACUCCCACCACAGGCGCUCUAAGAGUGCUUCUGACAAGAAUGCAAGUGUUUCAAGACGUGGAGUUUUGCAUUCCGUAAAAAGGGAACAAAAUGAAACAUUUGUGCUACCACAUUCAACCUGUGCUUCUAGGGGACAAAGUCCCCAUCAUGACAGUGCGAAUUAUAUUAAGAAGAAUACUUCAUCAAAUCAACGGGCCUCCUUGGAAAAAGAUAUUGAGCUGCUGCAAUUCCGUUUGCAGCAAGAGAAAUCUAUGCGCAUAAUGCUUGAGAGGGCAAUGGGCCGAGCUUCAAGUACUUUAUCUCCUGGACAUCGGCAUUUCACCGUUCAGACAAAGGAAUUGAUUUCUGAAAUUGAAUUACUUGAAGAAGAGGUUGCAAACCGCGAGCAGCGCGUUCUCUCUCUCUACAGGAGUAUUUUCGAUAACUGUGCUAGUAGGCCACCUUCAGAGCAAAACUCAGUCAAAACUUCCCCAGCCCAUACAAAGCAUGGUUCCAGGAAACAUCCAAGUAUCAUUUCAAGUGCAUUUUGUUCCUCCAAAAAGUUUCCAUUGCGCCCUUUACAAGCUCUAGUUUCAUUAGAUGAUCCAUGGAAAAGAUUCUCUAAGAGCAGUCAUCCACCACCAUCCAGUGGCAAAAGCAAAAACAUGGAUUUUGAAAAGAUUUGUUUCGACCCAGCUAAGGUUAGGGAAAAGGUUCCGGUCAUGCCGAAAGCAGCUGUGCUGCGAACUUUGAAAGAUCAUCUGUACCAGUGUCCAAGCAAGUUAUCCGAGGAGAUGGUCAGGUGCAUGGCUGCUAUAUAUUGCUGGCUUAGCCGGGAAGCAUCAGUAAAUACUGAAAAGAAUCGAUCACCUUUGUCGUCAAGGUCGUCCAUGAAUGUUAUACAGCCUCAAUGUACAAUUGGGGAGAACCAAGAUUGGUCUUGCAAACCAAUGAUUGAAAUAUCUUGGAUAUCAAAUGAUAAGAGCCAGUUUUCUCAUGCUUCGUAUGCAAUCAACAACUACAGAGUUAUGGUGGAACAACUGGAAAGGGUGAAUGCCAGUCAGAUGGAAAAUAAUGCCCAAACUGCAUUUUGGAUCAAUGUGUACAAUGCCCUUGUAAUGCAUGCAUAUUUAGCAUAUGGAAUCCCCCAAAACUCUUUGAGAAGGUUAGCCUUAUUUCACAAGGCUGCAUACAACAUUGGUGGCCAUGUUGUAAGUGCAAAUGCAAUAGAGCAUUCAAUAUUUUGCUUCCGAGCACCUCGAAUGGGAAGGUGGCUAGAAACCAUCCUUUCCACUGCCUUGAGAAAAAAAUAUGGUGAAGAAAGACAACUCAGUUCAAAAUUGGGUCUUCAGAGUUCCCAACCCCUUGCCUGCUUUGCUCUUUGUACUGGAACCUUUUCUGAUCCUGUGCUAAACCUCUACACAGCAUCAAAUGUUAAAGAGGAAUUGGAAGUGGCAAAAAGAGAAUUUCUUCAAGCAAAUGUAGUCGUAAAUAAGUCGAGGAAAGUGUUUCUACCAAAGGUGCUCGAGAGAUACGCUAGAGAAGCAUCUCUCAGCUCAGAUGAUCUGCUCACAUGGAUCACUGAACAUGUCGAUAAGAAGCUACGCGAUUCGAUACACAAAUGCAUUGAUAAAAAAUCUAGCAAGAAGGCAUCUCAGAUAAUAGAGUGGCUGCCUUAUAGUUCAAGGUUCCGGUAUGUGUUCUCAAAGGAUCUAACAGAGAAGCCAUGGUGGGUCUAAUGUUCUGACUACACUUGAAGAUUAUCUGUUUCAGGUAGAGCAGGGAAUCACUUUUGGGUACUUCAAACUAAUCCAUUUUCAUCGUGAAUGUGAGACUAUUGCUACCAUUUUGUAGCUCUAUGCGGUCCAAAAAGUUCAUGCCACUCUCUGUUUGACCGUUGUAAUCUAAUCUGAAAUAGUGGUUGUCAGUAUGCUGAUUGCUAGUCCUAGGAACUAAACAUUUGUAAUUGCUUGAGAUAGUAGUAUGCUGAUUGCUAGUUCAAACAUUUGUAAUU